AUGCGUAAUAUGGCGACUGGUCUCUGCUCUGACAGAGAUUCACCUUCCGCAAAAAAUAUCGCCCAACUUUUUUAUCAAUCGCUUUAUCACUAUAAAAGCGAUAAUCGCUGGUCAUUUUGGGUUUACUCACGUUUUGGGGAGCGAAGGCGGGUUCCCUUUCCUGAGGCAGUCUUAGUUCAAAGUGAGUAUCUCUUAUUCCUCAUACAACUAUUAUAUCCCUUCUCUUGUCGUUAUAUUAUAGCGCGUAUUAAGAUAACUUAUUUUUAUUGUAAAUAAUUUUAGAGAAAACACACAAAAUGCAGGCCACCCAAAGGAGUUGUAGACUUAUCCGUCAUAUCGUCAAACGCAGCCAACAGGUCCGUUGCGCAUCAUGUGUGGUUCCCAAGGAGGCGGCCAACCUGAUCAUGAAAGAAGCCGGUCCAGAAGAACGUCCAGCCUACACUGAGAACGUUGGUCUUCGUCCAGUGGUAGGUCCAGAUGGGAGUAUCGACACUUCCACGAUACGGCAUCACCAUCUGACAUUAAAUCGCCGUGAAGAUUUGAAGAAAGCCCAGAGGAUUCUGAUUAAAUUAGGAUCAGCUGUGAUCACCCGGGAUGAUGAAUGUGGAUUGGCUUUGGGGAGAUUGGCUUCGAUUGUAGAACAGGUCUCCGAACUGCAACAAAGUGGUCGACAAUGUCUGAUUGUUUCGUCCGGAGCUGUCGCUUUUGGACGACAGAAACUCCGUCAAGAAUUGGUGAUGUCAAUGUCAAUGAGACAAACUCUGAGAGGCCCAGCUGGUCUUCAGACUGAUAAAAGAGCGUGUGCAGCCAGUGGAAUGCCCGGGUUGAUGAGUUUAUAUGAGCAGCUUUUCCAACAGUACGGAAUUACUGUAGCCCAGGUCUUGUUAACCAAGCCAGAUAUUGAUGAUCCACAGAGAAGAAAGAAUCUUCAGGCAACCAUCGAAUCGUUGUUACAUCUCAAUAUCAUUCCAAUUGUCAAUGCUAAUGAUGCCGUGGCUCCAGAUCCAAAAUCCAACAUGCACAUCAGUGACAAUGACUCACUGGCUGCUCGCCUGUCAGCUGAAAUCGAAGCUGAUCUAAUGAUUAUUCUAUCCAACGUCAAUGGUGUGUACACUGGACCUCCAGACAUGGAAGGAAGUCGACUUCUCCACACUUACUGCCCUGCUGAAGCCGGGAGUGUUGUGUUUGGAGCCAAUUCAAAGUUUGGAACUGGAGGAAUGGAGUCAAAGGUGCAAGCUUGUGUAAAGGCCCUUGAUCACGGAGUAGCCACAGUAAUCACAAAUGGGUUGGCUCAUAACGCCAUCACAUCCGUAGUGCAUGGAAAGAAGAUUGGAACAAUGUUCUGCAGCACCAGUAGAUACGAAGGACCUCCAAUUGAAGAAGUUGCUGCCAAAAGUAAGCAAUCAGUGUUAUUUAAUAUAAAAAUAAUUUUUAGCCAAGGAAUCUGGCCGUCAACUCCAGAACCUGACCAACGAUGAGCGAGCUUCGGUUGUCCGUCACAUUGCGGAUUUGUUGUUAACUCGAGAAAAUGACAUCAUCGAAGCCAACCGACUCGAUAUCCACAAUGCCAAGUCCUUUGAACUUGAGCCAGCAAUGCUGUCGAGGCUGAAAUUGAAUAAAGCCAAGUUGGUGGAUCUGCAUGCAGGUCUGAAUAUGAUUGCUGAUUCGGCCUCCUCUCUGAUUGGACGUGUUCUCCGUCGUACUAAAGUCGCUGAGAACUUGUACUUGGAGCAACAAACUGUACCCAUUGGAACUCUUUUGGUCAUCUUCGAAUCCAGACCGGACUGUCUUCCCCAAGUCGCUGGAUUAGCUAUUGCCAGUGGAAAUGGUUUGUUAUUGAAGGGAGGUCGUGAGGCCAAUGAAAGUAAUAAAAUGCUUCAUUCAAUCUGUCAAGAGGCAUUGGGAGUCCAUGGAUAUGAAUUGAGAGAUGCCGUGACUUUGGUUAGAUCAAGAGAGGAUGUCUCUGAAAUCUUGCAAUUAAGAGGUAAUUUACUGCAUAAUUAAUGCUUAAUCUCAGAAAUAAGGCUCUAAUUAACGCUCUUCAGAAUUCGUUGAUCUUGUUAUCCCUCGCGGCUCUUCCGAGAUGGUCCGUAAAAUGCAAGAGCAAAGUCAAGGGAUCCCGGUUCUCGGGCAUGCCGAAGGAGUCUGUCAUGUUUAUAUUGACAAGGACUGUGAUGAGAAGAUGGCUCUGGAGAUUGUGAGGGAUUCCAAGUGUGACUACCCAGCUGCUUGUAAUGCCGUUGAGACAAUUCUUGUUCACAGAGAUCUCGUGAACACCAAGUUCUUCGAUCAAGUCUGCGGGAUGUUGAAGCAGGAGGGAGUUAAACUUCAUGCUGGUCCCAAGUUGCAAUCUCUUCUUAAAUUCGGUCCUCCUGCCGCUGAAUCUCUCCAUUACGAAUACGGAAGAUUGGAAUGCACUUUAGAAGUGGGUUUAGAAUUUGAAUUGUCAUUUUAUUCAUAAUCCAAUUUCCAAUAAUCAUCUUUUUUUUAGGUUGUUGAUAGCGUUGAUGACGCCGUCCAUCAUACGAUCCGCUAUGGAUCCGGGCACACCGAAUCCAUUGUAACGAACAACCAGGAGACUGCCAAUCAUUUCCUCAAACACUGUGACUCUGCUUGUGUCUUCCACAACGCAUCGACUCGAUUUGCUGAUGGAUAUAGAUUCGGUUUGGGAGCCGAAGUUGGAAUCUCGACCGGUCGAAUUCAUGCGCGAGGUCCGGUUGGAGUCGAAGGUUUAUUGACGACCAAAUGGCAGCUGAGAGGAGAUGGUCAUGUUGUUGGCCAGUUCAAACCCGGGGGACUCUAUCAUUAUCUCCAUGAAAGUCUUGACAUCCAUGGUCCAACGCCCGAGGUUUUGCACCAAAUUCAGCAGAAAGUCAGCGCAAGCUAA